AUGCACUCGCUCCAGGUGGACUCGGUGCAGCGCUGGAUGGAGGACCUGCGUCACAUGACGGAGGUGGAGUGCAUGUGCGUGCUGCAGGCCAAGCCCAUCGGCGUGGAGGAGGACGCCCAGGGCGAACUCAUCGUGGCCACGGGGGACCACGUGGCCCGCGACAACCUGCAGACGCUGCUGCGGCGGGCGCUGGUGGUCAGCACCGAGCUGGGCAAGAUGUUCCAGCGGCUGGAGAAGGGCCGCUGGCAGCGGGUCCACAGCACCGCCGUCCGGGCAAACUGCCACGUGCGCUCGCUGGUGCAUGAGUAUAGCGCCGCUCGCAACACCCCCGCAGAGAUGCAGAAGUAUGAGAAGUCUUUGCUUGAGAAGUGCAUGGAGCUGACCACCAUAACAGAGAGAUGCCUUCAUACCGAGGAUGAAUUCUUCCUGAAGUCCAUGAGGGAGGCCAUUCACGAGAUCCUCACUGAUGUCAGCGAUUCGUUCAGCCACAUGAUUGACAUGGCCCUGGCCAAUGAGAUCCAGAUCCUGAUCAAGCAGAUUGAGUCGUCAGACAGUGUGUACACCAUCGGCAGUGCCAUCAGCAACCUGCUUUCCCUCACUCAGGACGGCCCGCAGCUCUGCAGAAUCAUCGCCAAGGAGGGCGCUGUGGUGGCCCUGUUUAAGAUCUGCCGGCAGGACUGCUUCAGCGACCUCUACGCACAUGCCCUGAGGACGGUGGCCUCCAUAUGUUGCGUGGAGGAGGGCAUCAACCAGCUAGAGAAGGUGGAUGGGAUCCUGUGCCUGGCUGACAUCCUGACCGAUGAGAACAGUGCUGAGGCGGCGAGGGCAGAGGCAGCAGCGGUGGUGGCCCAGAUCACCUCGCCUCACCACACCUCCACCCAGCACUUGGGCAGCUUCUUAGAGAGCAUGCAGGACAUCGUCACCGCCCUCAUCAAGUUGUGCGAGAGUGCCUCCUGUGGUGAGGUCUUCCUCCUGGCGUCUGCUGCCCUUGCCAACAUCACUUUCUUCGACAGCAUGGCCUGUGAGAUCCUCCUCCAGCUCAACGCCAUCCACAUACUCCUCCAGUCCUGCAAAGACCGCCAAAGAGUGGAUACUCCCUACUCUAAAGACCAGGUGGUGACCAUCUUGGCAAACCUCUCUGUUUUGGAGCAGUCUUCAUCUGAGGUCCUGCAAGAGAAGGGUAUUGAGAGACUGCUCCAGCUGCUGAGCGAGAAGCCAUCUUCCUCCAGUCCAUCGGAGGGCGCGGCGUGCGAGCGGGUCCAGCAGAAAGCCGCUGUCACACUGGCCCGUCUGAGCAGAGACCCGGACGUGGCCCAAACAGCCAUCCAGCUGCAAGCUGUUCCUCGACUAAUCGAACUGUGUCGCUCACCAGCAGAGAGGAACAACAGCGACUCUGUACUGGUUGCAUGUCUGGCUGCCCUGAGGAGGCUGGCGGCGGGGUGUCCAGACAGCAUCGAGGCCACCGACCACCAGCAGCUGAUCAAGCCCAGACUGGUGGACUCUUUCCUGCUGUGCUCCAACAUGGAAGAGAGCUUUGUAUAGGAAGAUCCAGAGCAGAGGGGUUGGGUGCUCAGCAGUGGAGGCUGCUGAGGGGAGGUCGCCUCAUAAUAAU